GGCGCAAAAGGCGGCAAAAGGGAGACCUGACAACAAGCAAAACGGAAGCAUAGCCACCUUACCUCCCAGUGGCUCUUGACAUAACAUUAAGAUGUAUAAGUACCACUCGCCACUCCCUUUCAUCCUUUGCCCCUCCAUAUACACUGCUCUCAGCCAUAUUAUCUGAAACACAACAGCAUCAGAGAUGGGAGGAGGCUUUCGCACAGAUGCCAUGAUGGCUGGCCUUCCAACCUUUCCCAUACCGCCACUUUUCAACAAUGCAUACCAGCAGGCUCGACUUGCCCGACGUGCCGCAUUAAUCAAUCCUUCCGAUGAUGUUGCGCAACAGCGGAGCCCGAAACGAUGCGUAGAAUUUAAAGAUGGGGCUUUGGGUGGCUCCCGUGUAAGUGAAAGAUUGAGACAGAAGGCGGCGGCACAGAAGGCAAAGGAUGCCCAAAAGAAGAGAGAGAAAGCGAAAUGGGGUCAACGACAAUUGAGCAAAAACGCGACAAUAACUCUCAGUCGUCCAAUCGGCCCGGGGCCUCAGGAGGAGCAACGUCCAGGGGACGUACGGAAAGUGUUGGAUGGCCUGGAAGUAAUCGAGGAAGAUGUUGAGCGUAGCCAGUUUGCCUCCAAAGCCGACGUGCACAAGGCGAUGGUAGAACGGCUUCAGGGCUCUGAGCCCGCCGACGGGCCCCGGGACCCAGUCUCCCUUCAUCCAGGCGAUAAGCGGGCCACCACCCCUCAUCUCGCCACAAGAGAGGAUCUCCGCCACAUGCUCAAUAGUGAACGGGUAUUCAUGCUAUCAUGGGACCAUCGGAAGAAAUAUUCGGGUUAUAGGUUCACCCGUUCACUUGGAAUAGCAGGGUACUUUGGCGUGAUGAACUUUAACGAUGUCUUGGAAUUCGAGGAUAGAUCGCUAUGGAACACGGAAGUGCAUCCAUGGCCGAAACGACUCGAGCUCUAUUUGAUGAAUAUGAAGGCAGGCAAGCGCAUAUUAAUCGGAUGCGUAGUGGCCUUCCCAGGCCGCCCCGGCGAAGGGACUCAUGACAUCGCUCACUGGGGACAGUACGCCGCGGAUUUUGGCCUCGUCAUUGAGUUCGCUGAAGGAGAACGGAUUUACCACAUCCGAAUGUGUCCGGGGACUUUUCUCGUUGAUGGAAGGAUCGUUCACCACGGUAUCUCCUACUUCGAGGUCCGCACGACAUGGGGUCGGCGAUCAUCCAUUGGAACCGCGGACGACACAACGAUAAUGGAUAUGUACUCCCCAACACUCAACGGGGGAUUCAUGGGUUUUUACGGUGCGGUAGAUCGAGCUCUUGACCGGCUCGGUGUAGUUUGGGGUGUGUAAUGUUUCUCUACGUUAAUGGAGAUGAAGAGCAUAAGUAG